AUGACUGUAUGCUCCUUGCGUUGCCGUUUUCCGUCUGCCCUGUGCCCGCAUGUACAUCGCCUGUGUCUCCUGCUGCACAUCCCAUGCUGGUUUCCCCACCAGGUCAAAGCGCGUGUGCUCUUCUGCACACAUGCCACAUCAGGGGCAGCAGCAGCAGCAGCAGCAGCAGCAAGCAGCAGCACCAGCGCACAGGGCGCUGAUCCCAGUGUGGUGGUGCCGGCCAUAGCACUCUCCCUCAGCUCAGCUCUCCUCCGCGCCACUCCCCCCUCCAUUGAGUGGCAAGCGUCCCCCUCCGCCCCUCCCACCAAGGUUCUGCCAGGCGCUCUCUUCCCUGCUGCUGUGGUGGAGCGCGUUUACCCUGGGCUGGGCGUGCUGGUGCGUCUGGCGGGAGGGGAGAAGGAGAAGAAGGAGAAGGAGGGCGAGCAGGGGAAGCAGGGGAAGAAGCAGCUGGGCAAGGCCGCGUAUGCACUUGUUCCCCUGCGCCAGCUCUCUGCAUCCGGUGAACCCGCCAUCCCAGCGCAUGUGGCGGAGGGCAAGCAAGUGUGUGCGCGCGUGCUGCACCUCUGCCCCUCUGACGGGCUCGCCAUCGCUUCCCUCAAGGGCAUGGCGGUGAAAGCAACACUCUCUCCGGCGGGCGUGCAGGCGGGCAAGCUGGUGACAGGCACGGUGGUGGCGGUGGGAGAGGAGGGCGUGCGCGUGCAGCUGGCGUUUGGGCAGUGGGGGUGGUGCCCUCGCGCGCACAUGAGCGAGGGCAGGGCAACACACCGGGACGACGCCGCCUUUCAGCCAGGGGCGUCGCUGCAGUUCCGAGUGCUGCGCCAGGGAGAGGGCCCAGAGGGACCCGUGCUACUCACCCACAAGAAAACACUGCUGUCUUCCAAACUGCCUGUUCUGACGAGCCCGUCGCAAGCAACGGCGGGCGUGUGCGCGCAUGGGUGGGUGGAGGCGGUAACCAAAGACACGUGCACCGUACACUUCUAUGGGGACUUCUCUGCUACCAUCCACAGGGAGCAAGAGGAGCAGGCGGGCGGCAAGGUGGCCCCCUGGGCAUCACUGCAUGUGGGGCAGGUGCUGCGCUGCUUCGCCCUGCCCUCCGCUGACGCCGCCCACCCGCCCUUCUCCCUGCACUCGCCCUCCGCAGCUUUCAGCAACCACACGACACUGUUCCCGCCAUCCUCUUCCCCCCACGCCACACCUCCCCCCCGCGCACUCCCCAACGAGCUGCACGCGGUGGGGUCAGUCAUUGCGGAAGCUCCUGUGGUGCGCAGGGAUGCACACUCGCUUGUGCUCGCGCUGCCCGCUGCCAACGGCGUGCAGGAGGCCAUUAUGGCUGUCGAGCACCUGGCCGACCAACCAGCAUGUGCAGCGGAGCUGCUGGCAUCACUGCGGCCGGGAGCAAGGCUGGGGCCACUGCUGGUGCUCUCCAUGUGGCACGGAUGCACGCCGAUCCUCACCGCCAAACCUGCCCUCCUGCAAGCCGCCGCUGCUGGUGGUGGUUCUGGUGGUGGUGGUGAGGGCAAGGCGGCACGGGGCAAAGCGAAGCGGCCGCAACAGGGCUCGUACCAUAUGGCGUUUGUGACAGGAGUGAGGGCGGAUGGGGCGUGCAGUGUGCAGCUAGCAGAUGGCACCACGGCCGUCUCCCUGCCCUUCUCCCCCACCCCUGCCGCGCUCUCCACUCUGGUGCCAGGCUUUUCUGCAGCACCAUCGCCUGCUACUUUCUUCUCCCUCGGCCAGAUUGUUCGCGCCAAGAUACUCAAGGCGUCACAGCCCCUACAGGUGGCUCUGGACCCUCUCCUCUGCGCGUCACAUGAUGGCUCGCUGCUCGCCCUAGGAGAGCAAAUCUCAGGGCGAGUGGUGGACGUGGGAGGAGAGGCAGGGCGCGUGGUACUAGCAGUGGGAGACGUUGCUGCUCCGCAGCCGAAGAGUGGGAGUGUGGACCAAAUGGUGCUGGUGAAGGGGACGAGGCUAUUGGUGCGAGUGCUGCUCGCCACGCCACACUAUGCGGUCGUUUCACUGCCUGCCUGCUGCACUCUGCCGGCAACUAUGGGCCAAUCGCAAGCAGCCACGUCAGCGCCGCUGCUGGCGACGCUGGCAGGGGGCGACUUCAACCUGCCCCACGUGGACGUCCCUCGGUUGUACGGCCCUGGACAGAUUGUUGCAGCAGCUGUUGUGGCCCUCCCUUCACCAGGGACAGGUGGCAGGAUCGUACUGGCUCGGGAUGAGCUGGUUUCCUUCACCCAUCCUUCCUCAGGCCCCACCGCCGCCGCCACUGCUGCUGCUGCUCCUCCUGCAGCUUCUUCCGCACCCACUGACCCUACACCUGCUGCCACUGCCGCUCCCACUGCCGCUGCCACCACUGCUGCCACCGCUGCUGCUGCUGCUGCUGCUGCUACGGCAUGCACCGCCACUAGUGUGUGGCAGAGCCGCCACGCGCAGCUGCGCCUGCUGGUGGGGGCGGAGGUACAGGGGCAGGUGCAGGCUUCCACUCCCUCCUCUGCCGGGCUGGCUCUUGUGGAUCUUGGCGGAGGGGUCUCCGCCAUCCUGCGUUCCUCCCAGUUCCCCUCUCCUCUGCAUGCAGGAGACAUCAUUAAAGCCCGGUUCAUGGCCUUCCUGCUCUCGCUCUCUGAGAUUGAUAAGGCCAGGGCGGUGGCUGAGAGAGCAUUGAAGACGAUAAGCUACAGGGAGGAAGGGGAGAAGCUUAACAUCUGGGUGGCAUACCUCAACCUGGAGAACAUGCAUGGCAACCCACCCAAGGAGGCGGUGCUGGCGCUGUUUCAGCGCGGCCUGGCGUACACGGACCCGAAGAAGCUGCACGUGGCGCUGCUGGGCGUGUUUGAGCGCAGCCAGCAGCACGACAUGGCGGACACGCUGCUGCACUCCAUGGCCAAGAAGUUCAGCACCUCCGCUAAGGUGUGGCUGCGCUACAUCCAGAACCAGCUCAGCCGCGGGCUGGAGGAAGGUGCCAGGAAGCUGCUGGAGCGGGCGCUCACUGUGCUGCCGCAAAGAAAGCACAUCAAGGUGAUAUCCCAGGCAGCGCUGAUGGAGUAUCGCAUUGGGUCACAGGAGAGGGGCAGGACGCUGUUUGAGAGCAUUCUCAGGAACUUCCCCAAGCGCACUGAUCUCUGGAUCACUUACAUCGACCAGGAGGUGCGGAUGGGGGACAUGGCUGCAGUGAGGCGCUUGUUUGAGCGUGUCGUGUCGCUGGAUCUCCCACCCAAGAAAAUGAAGUCACUGCUGAAGAAGUACUUGGACUUUGAGACAGCACAUGGCACGCAGGAGCAGGUGGCGCAUGUGAAGGCGCGAGCCGUGGAGUAUGUGCAACGCCGCAUGGGCGCAGGGGGGAACGCGAAGGUGCGAUGCCCGCCGGAACCUUCGCUCGGACCGUGCGCAAUGGGCGACGGUGGUCCCAUCAAGCCUCGCAAGAAGGCCAAGGCGAGAUCGGACGGUACAGAAGACGAAAGCUUGCUUCUGGGAAACGGCCUGCCAACUUGCGGCAACUGCUCUGUGCUCCAGCAGAGAUUAGACAAAGCGGAAGACGGUAGGAGGAAGCUUCGCGAGGCGGUUGGGCUAUUACGAGAUCGGAUCGAGGAGCUGACACAGACCGUCGCCACUCUCCAACAGGACAUACGACAGCAGCGCGAGGAGAAUGACGAGUUACGGCAACGGGUGGAGCAGGCAGAAGGACGGGCAGAUGAGGAAUGCCUACGGGCAGUUAAAGAAGCUCGUCGGGCAGCUGACGCUCUCGAUGAAGCAACGCGGGAGCGAGAGAGGGCGGAGGAUUAUUGCGCGCGGUUGAGACGAUUAGAGCGGGAAGUAGCGGUGCUUCGAACGCGAGUUGAAGAAGACCAACGAAGGGACGCGAAAGGUCGUAGGGCCGAGGACGAGGGCAGUAUAGAUGCCGGGAGGAUUGAAGCAGAUGAGGCGAAGCGAGAUUUGUAUGUUAAUGGCGAUUUAUUGGGGAAAGGGCAGGGCGAUGAGCACGACAGGGAGCAGGAAGGAGGACGGAGCGGUUCUAGCAGCGGCACAAGCGGAAGUGAAAGCAGCAGUAGCGACGACGGGGCCACGAGUGAGAGCAAUCGUGGUAGUGACUCGGAUAGUGAAGCCGUUUCGUGCUCCAAGUCUGGGACGGAAAGAGCGGAUGACGGCGAGGAGACUCCCGCGCCCGUCGCACCUGCGCUUGACUGCGCUCGCGGCGGCCCCAGUGGUGCCACAGCGGCGGCCAUUGGUGAGCAUGCAGGCACGCCAUGGCGCGUGGCGGCUGGAACAGUUGAUACUGCGGUGAUGGUGACCAGCAACGGCGGAUACGUGGGACGGAGAGAAGAGGGGAAUGUGCGAGAAGGGGGACUGGACGGCGGGAGCAGGAGAAAGCGCAAGGAGGUGGGCGAUUCUGACGGAGCUGCGCUGGCGCGGGCGCGGGUGGCAGAGCCGACGGUAGGGCAUGCGCCGGCACGCGCGCUGAGAGCAGUGAUGGGCACAGUAGUGGAGGAGCCACCGCUGGAUGAUGUGCGGGCGUUCUUUGCGUCGCUCUGCCUCCCCGUGGCUUGCUCCCCGCCUGCCGCCCCCUCGCCACUGCCGCUCUCUGCAUGCCAGCAGCAAGAGCAGCAGCAGUCGCCAUCAGUGCAGCAAGUCAACAAGGGGUGUGCCAUAGCCAUACCCACUGUGUCUGCGUUAGCUCCCCUUCCCUUGGGUCCUCUCCCGGCUCUCCUCCACCUGCCCUCCCCGCACCACCUGCGCGCCCCACCCGUGCCAGCGUUGGUUGCCCCUGGCCACAUCGCCCCGUGCAGGGACGACCGCGUUGGCCCCCUGUCGCUGCCUCCGGCGGCAGCAGCACGGCAGGCAGCAUGCCCCCUCCCCAUGCUGUGUGCGCCUUCGCCCCGCCCUCAGGCUCCUCACAGUCCCUGUCAGCCACGCAUCCCCCUCCUCUCGCUGUCCCUGCGUCCCCUUCCUCUGUUGCUGGCACGAGCGCUUCUCUCCGUGAUGCCUCUGCGGCUCAUGCUUGCUGCAACGAGCAAAUACAGGCAGGCGCGGGGGGGAUACCGAUGGGAGUGGCGACGGGGAGCGGGAAGAGGGGGCUAG